UUUGUCGAAACUACUCUGGGUAAACUGACUAAUAAAAGUCAGCCAUCAACACUCUCUUUGACGUCGACAAGCUUUACCUUUUCGAUCAUGCUUUACUCUUACUAGCUCCAUGGACGACCCUCGCAAGCAUCAGGUGUCCUUAAGAGGGGCAAGUGCCAGAGAGAUUUCAAGGGAUGCCCUUCUUGAGAAAGUCUCUCAUGAAAGGGAGCUCCGUAGUUAUGCUAGACGAACUACUGCUUCUGCUAUCUUUAUACAGAGAGUUUGGAGGCAUUAUAGUGUGACCAAAAAAGUAGCUUUGCAGCUUCAAGAAGAAUGGCAAAACAUGUUGAAUCAUCACGAUGGUACAAUAAUUGCUAGCUGGGUUUCCAACAAGGUCUUGAGGCCUUUCCUUUUCUUUGUUAUAUGUUUAUCAACUCGACAUGGGAAGAUUUGCAUCAGGGAUAUUAAUUGUAUGCAAACUUGCUUCAAGAUUUUGCUGGAGAGCAUAACUUCUACAGAUUCAAGAAAGAACUUUUGCUCCCUAGCACUUGGUACAGUUGACGAGAGAAGAACAUGGAGAUAUCAAUCAAAGAAGCUGAUUUGUCUCUGCUCAUUUAUCCUUGCUGAGUGUGAUGAAUCUCAUUCUAGGAGACCAGAUGUUGUUGUUCUAACUUCUCUUGCAAUGCGUUUCCUUGCCAUCUUAACUGAUCUGAAGGGGUGGAAAAUCAUAACCGAUGAUAGUCCUGCAGAUGCAGUUAUAGCAGUAAAUGAUUUGGUUAGGUUUAUGGCAAGCCCUAAAAGUGGUCUUUACAUAUCUAUCAGAAAAUACAUUAACCAACUUGAUAUUCCUAAUAAUUUACGAACAAAAAGUAUGGUCCAAACAGAUAAUAAAUUCUUGAUUACUGCAACUGCAAUAACAUUAGCUUUACGGCCAUUUCAUGCAACAAGCUUCAAAUUAACUGGACCUGAUUCGCCGGACAUGCAUUCUGCUGCUGUCCAGUACUGUCUGUUUCUACUUACAAUUCCAAGUCUCACUCAACGUCUACCAGCUGUUCUUGUUUCUGCUUUGAAGCACAGGUCUAUUCUCUUGCAAUGCCUUCAGACUCUACUGAUUUUGAGAGAUAAUAUAUUAACAGAUAUGUCCAAGAUGGAUCAGUUGAAAAUUCAGCAUUCUUCCAAGGUGAUUCCACCAGUAGGUUGGGCUCUUGCAAACAUUAUUUGCCUAUCUACAGGAAGUGAGAAUGAUUUUUUGGAUCCUCUCAAUCAAAGUCUAGACUAUGCAUUCUAUGUCCGCGUUGUGAUCAUGCUUGCUGAGAGCUUAUUGUCAUUUCUUGACCAUGGUGGAUGGACUGAAAAGGAGAACCAAUUUCCUCAGAGUGAUGCUGAAACUCCUGCAGAGCUUGUUGGUAAAGUUUUAUAUGACAAUGAGAAUACAUUUGCCUUAAACAUGUCUUAUGUGGACCUACUGAGGCCUGUUUGUCAGCAGUGGCAUCUUACAAAACUUUUGGCAAUCUCAAAGACCGAUACCUAUGUUGAUAUAGAUGAGACUUCGACUGCUCAAAAUGCAAAAUACUCAAGGAAGUUGGAACUGGUUGAAAUUGCAUAUUUCUAUUCUUACUUUCUCAGAAUAUUUUCAAUCUUGAAUCCCUCACUUGGGCCAUUGCCUGUUCUUAAUAUGCUAUCAUUCACUCCUGGAUAUCUUGUCACUUUGUGGGAAGCAUUGGAAUAUUUACUUUUUCCUAGAAAGGGAGAAAUAUCUGCUGAUAAUGAUCUUUCCUUAAGUAAAAUGUCAGGGAACAAGGGAGAUGGGGGUGUUGAGAAAAAACACAAGCAGCUCAAUAAGGAAGGAGGUAAUAGAUGGGCUAAUGUGCUUCAUAAAUUUACUGGCAAGUCCCAAACGGGUGUUGAUUAUACAGAUGGAGUUGGUGGGCAAACUGGUGAGAUAGAUGAAGAAUUGCAAGAUAUUUGGGAUGUAGAAUCAUUGAGGUUUGGUCCACAAAAAAUUCCAAAAGAUAUUUCAUGCCUGAUUCAUCUGUUCUGUGCCACAUAUUCCCACUUGCUUUUAGUUCUUGAUGACAUUGAGUUUUAUGAAAGACAGGUCCCAUUCAAGCUGGAGGAGCAACGAAGAAUUGCUUCAGUGCUCAAUACAUUGGUUUACAAUGGAUUGGCCCAAAAUACAGUUCAGCAGAAUAGACCACUUAUGGAUUCUGCGAUUAGAUGCUUGCAUUUGAUAUAUGAAAGGGAUUGCAGGCACCAGUUUUGCCCCCCUGUUUUGUGGCUUUCACCUGCUAGAAAGAGCCGACCCCCAAUUCAAGUGGCUGCGAGAACGCAUGAAAUCAUUUUAUCUAAUAUAAAAUCAGAUGAUGCUUUGACUGUUCCAAGUAUCGGUUCUGUAAUCACUAUUACUCCACAUGUAUAUCCAUUUGAAGAAAGAGUUCAGAUGUUUAGAGAGUUUAUCAACAUGGACAAAGUAUCACGAAAAAUGGCUGGUGAAAUAACUGGACCUGGUUCACGAGCAGUUGAGAUUUUAGUUCGUCGGGGUCAUAUUGUUGAAGAUGGAUUUCGUCAAUUAAAUACUCUUGGAUCAAGACUGAAGUCAUCCAUUCACGUUUCUUUUGUUAGUGAAUGUGGCAUUCCAGAGGCUGGCUUGGACUAUGGUGGAUUAUCAAAGGAGUUUCUGACUGAUAUAUCAAAAGCAGCCUUUUCUCCAGAGUAUGGCCUAUUCUCCCAAACAUCAACCUCAGACAGACUUCUGAUCCCCAAUCCAACUGCAAGAUAUCUGGAGAAUGGUAUCCAGAUGAUUGAAUUUCUUGGAAGAGUUGUUGGAAAAGCUCUUUAUGAAGGCAUAUUGCUUGAUUACUCUUUUUCACAUGUUUUUGUACAAAAGCUUUUAGGCCGAUAUAGCUUUCUUGAUGAACUAUCAACACUUGAUCCAGAGCUGUACAGGAAUCUCAUGUAUGUGAAGCAUUAUGAUGGUGAUUUCAAGGAUCUCUCUCUGGACUUCACAGUUACAGAAGAAUCAUUUGGUAAACGGCAUGUUUUUGAGCUUAAACCUGGUGGCAAGGAUGUCUGUGUGACAAAUGAGAACAAGAUGCAAUAUGUUCAUGCCAUGGCAGAUUAUAAACUCAAUCGACAGAUAUUGCCAUUUUCAAAUGCAUUUUACAGGGGACUGACAGAUGUCAUAUCCCCUUCUUGGUUAAAGUUAUUUAAUGCAAUGGAAUUCAAUCAGUUACUUUCAGGUGGUGACUUUGACAUUGAUGUCGAUGAUUUAAGAAAUAACACACGUUACACAGGUGGCUACUCUGAGGGGAGUAGGACAAUCAAACUUUUCUGGGAGGUAAUUAGAGGAUUUCAACCAAAUGAAAGAUGCUUGCUGCUUAAGUUUGUGACCAGCUGUUCUCGAGCUCCGUUACUCGGGUUCAAACACUUGCAGCCAUCCUUUACCAUUCAUAAGGUUGCAUGUGAUGCCUCUCUUUGGGCAACAAUCGGAGGACAGGAUGUGGAUCGGCUUCCGUCAGCUUCUACAUGCUACAACACUCUCAAGCUUCCAACAUACAAACGUGCAAGCACUUUGAGAGCAAAACUUCUUUAUGCAAUCAGUUCCAACACUGGAUUUGAACUUUCUUAGGGAUUUAUGGAUCUUUUGUCGUUCUUGCAAUCAGAAUAGGCACAAUACCAUUGUCACUGGGUUUCGAGAUCAUAUCCAAGAGAGGCUGGUAGAUAUCAAAGACCACGAGUUUGAGACCAGGGAGAUUAUUCGCCAGGUUUUUUGAGGUGCUGUUUAAUUUAUUGUUGAAGGAAAUGGCAUCUUGGUUUAACCUAUCAACACACUGGUUGCUUCCUGCACCAAAGAGGGUAAUAGCUGCAGGUAAACACCCAGUUGGUGGUAGGCUUGUCACUCCAAUCCUUCUUGCUCCCAUUUCAAAUAGAUUCUGUGUUCAGCACAAUCCUCGUUAGAGAAAAAUUUGUUCUUUGGGAAAAAAAACCGGAUACGUCUCAUUUUUUUAGAUAUCGAAUUCAAUGCUUACAUCAAAACAAAAGAACUCAAUCCAUGUAUAUGUUUCAGAUCAAAAUCACGCUAUUGAUGUAUGUUUGCAUGUAAUCUCCCUCUUGUGAUAUAGGCAGGUUUAUUUUGUGCUGACUUUUGUGAUAGAUUCAACCGAUGGCAGUUUAUUCUGCCUUUAACCAAUCAUUCCAGAUUUUGUUUUCGUUUUC